AUGUCUUCAGCUGCUUCGAAUACAAAGAAAAAUAUUCUCAUUCUUGGUUCCACUGGGCCUCUAGGUGCGCUUACAACCCAGGAGGCUCUAGCUCACCACUUCAAAAUCACGAUUUUUGUUCGAAGUCCAGAAAAACUAGCCCAAGAGAUCAAAGACAACCAAAACAUCACUGCAAGACUACUGACUGAGACCGCUAAACUCUUUCCGCUACUUCCUUCAUUCUCACACAUCGUCUCAGUUCUCGGUCCUCAAGGACUCAGCUACAAAGGCAAAGCAAUCUCCGAGUUCUACACCGUGCUCCUUCAAAAGAUUUUGACAUUUCCAACCUCGAAUCGUCCCUACGUCCUCGCCUUAUCGACUCCAUCUCAAGAAGCACCACAAGAUACCUUCUCAUUGCCAAUGUAUUUCAUGCUUAUGAUAUUCAAACGCGUAGGCGCAGGACCUUAUUCGGAGAUUCGUGCAAUCACACAAAGCUUCGAGAAGUAUGGGAACGGGAUCCAAUGGACGCUAUAUAGAGUAGGGUACUUGACGGAUACGGUGGGGAAGGGUUUUGCGAGCGCGGGGUGGAUUGGUGAUGAGAGGUGGAAGUUGAGCACGAGUAGGAGUGAUAUUGCGAGAUGGUUGAUAAGAGAAGUUGAAUGUGAGGAGAGUCAGAGGAAGUGGGUUGGUUUGAUGCCUGCUUUGUCAGAGGAUUAG